CGACCGCCCACUUUGGCCCAUCCCCCCAGCCUUCUUCCCGUUCUUCACCCACGAUGCAGUCCAUGAUCCACUUCCCCCCACCCCACCGUGCGAUCGAGAAUGCCGAAGACUGGAACGACGGCUGGGAGAAAGUCUUGCGCCUGCCGCAACUCGCGCCAGCCAGAGCCCCGUACUUCGUCUACGGGUCGAUGCUGCACAACAUCCGGAUGGACGCGGAGGACGCGGUGCAGGACAUGAUGUUCCAUCUCGACGAGAUGAAGUCGCUGACGCUCUCUGCGCAACGCGUGCUCUCCAUCCAAGCCGUACAGCAUCUGGCGAACGACGACUUCGAGCGGCGCUGGCUGGAAGCGAGCCCCGCCGAGCGCAGGAAGCACCUCAUGUUGGCCUUCGUCAAGUCCUGUGGGAAUUCGGAUGGACUGAAUUCUGCCCGUACAUCGUGUGGUGUCGAGCUGCGCCUGACGCGCCUCCGAUUGCUUGGGCGCGCCUUCAUCGAUCUGCUGCAAUCGGCGAUCAUGCUCGAUGGGACGAUGACCUCCACAGAACCAAAGCGGAUCGCGAACCUGGACUGGGAUCGAUUUGAGGCGAAGCGGAAAGCUGAUGCACAUGCGACGAAUGAGGAGAAGCUCGCACUUGCACAGGUCGUGCUAUUGCGUACGAGGCUCAUAUGUGCGCACCCUCAUCGUCAAUCUUUGUACGGGCUGGAGCUGAUGCUUAUCGAAGGUCAAGUGUUGACUUAUACCCUCGAUUCGUUCCAUGGCAACGAGAUCAAAGAUCUUGUUGUGCUCAAGGACAGUCGUGAGCUGCAGAAGCGUCGGGCGAGCAAGACACCUGAAGAGAAGGAGAUUUACAAACGGAUGUAUGGGCUGAAACUUGCCAACGAGAUCAUGAGCGAGGAAGACGCUGGUAAAAAGGAACGUCUCAGCCACCGUCAAUUGACGUGUUCACGAACCGGCUGUCCGGCGAGGGUCGCAGAGCUUAACACCAAAGGCACCCCCGCCAUCAAGUUCUUGCGGUGCAGCCAAUGCUGGGUCAAGCUCAAGCGUCAGGUUUCAUAUUGCUCCCGAGAGUGUCAGAAGGAAGAUUGGUCGUUGAGACACAAAGCUAUCUGCGGGAAGGCGAUGGACUUUGAGAUGGCGUCGUCAGCCAGCAGCAGUCUCUCGGCCAUACUCAAGUCUUCCAACGUCGCACCGUCCGACAUCCUCGCCAAUCAGAUCGAGCUGUGCACCAGCACACCGUGCGCAGACUAUUUCAUCCUGUCGCCGGAGAAAUUCGAUUUCGAAGGGAUUUCGUUCGCUCACACUCCGUCCUUCUCCGUCGCAUUCCGCAAGUGCAGAGACCACGCAUUCGAGACGCGUGACCCGACGUCAUUGGCUCGCAUGGCGCACUUCUUGUGCUGGAGCUCGCUCGUCCCGGGUUCGGAACGGGUCGGCGUCACACCGAGGGUGAUCGUGGUCCAGCUUGCCAUGGAGUUUCAAACGUCGCCGGAGGGACUCAAUCUGGGCAUCCUGGGUAUGCAGAAGUUGCAGAAAGCUGAUCCGUGGAAGCGGCCUCCGCUUUUGCAUGGUACGCCACCUGAUGAUUGGGAAGAGGCUUGUGCUCCCGAGUGGAAGACCGUUGUUAUCAAUCUUAUUGAAAAGUGAGCAAUUACUGUUUGUAGAAUGGCCAAGUGUAUCGAUAGUUGUGUUGCCAUGAAUGUAGCUUUCUUGUAGUUUCUUGAUUCCCA